AUGAAACAAAAUUGUAAGUCAUUUUUUUACGUUGAAAUUGCUAUCUUUAUUAUUUUAACCUGGAUAUAUCAUAUAAACAGUGAUGUGAAUUUAUUUAAUAAUUCUUUGGAUAAAAAUGACAAUAUUUAUAAAACAUUAUAUACAAGAACUUGUCGAUUUCUAGAAGAAUAUGAACAAAAGAAGGGUUCGAAUAUUGUGUGGAUAAAAGGAGAUAUACCAACUAUUGAAGAGUUUGAAAAAUUGUAUCCACCUAAUAAUGCAAAAAUAACAAAAGAAAGAUGUAAACAUCCAAAUGGAUGUUCCUUAAGUAAUGCAGUAGGAGAAAAACAACAUAGGAAAAGUAAAUUUUCUGUAUACAAAGUAGCAGAUCCAUAUUUUCAAAAAAGGACGUUUGACAAAAUAUAUUUUAAAAAUAAUGUUAGAGAUUUUACGAAAGAAGAUUUCAAGUUUUUAAGAAAUAAGAUAGAAUUAAAGGAAGCUUUGUUUUAUGGCAUAUCUAUUUUUUUUGUACCAAUUAUAAUAAUAGUAAAUGUUAUAGUAUUUUUAAACUGUAUUUAUAAAAAUGCUAUUGUGGAAGCAUUAAAAGAAUAUCCUUUUAGUAUAGGAUUUGUUAUAUUUACAUUUAUAGUUAUGGCAGCCAUUAUUUAUAUUUAUAGAAAAAUUGUAAAAUAUGAUAAGUUUGCACUUAUAAAAAAUAAGUUGAAUAAUACUAUGUUCCCCUUAUUAUAA